GGCGGCGGCGGCGGCGCGGGCGGAGCGCGGCCGGUGGCGGAGCGGGGCGGCAGGGAGGAGGUGGAGGAGGAGGAGGAUGCUGAAGAGCUGCGGCAGGAAGCUGCUGCUGUCCCUCGUGGGCUCCAUGUUCACCUGCCUCCUGGUGCUCAUGGUGGAGCCUCCGGGGAGGCCGGGGCUGGCGAGGGGAGAGGCCGGCGGGGCGCAGCGGGCGCUGCAGAGCCUGGGGGCGGCGGGGCAGGCGGCGCAGGGCUCCGGCGGCCUCCGCAGCUUCGCCGAUUAUUUCGGGAGGCUGAGCCGAGCCCGCCGGGAGGUGCCCGCCGCCCCCCCGAGCCCCCCCCGGCCGCCCGCCGAGGACAUUUCCCCCCGCGACGUCUUCAUCGCCGUCAAGACCACCAAAAAGUUCCACAAGGCGCGCCUGGAGCUGCUGCUCGACACCUGGAUCUCCCGCAAUCGCGACAUGACCUUCAUCUUCACAGACGGGGAGGAUGAAGAGCUGAAGAAGCAAGCACGAAACGUCAUCAACACCAACUGCUCGGCCGCCCACAGCCGCCAGGCCCUGUCUUGCAAGAUGGCUGUGGAGUACGACAAGUUCAUCGAGUCCGGGAGAAAGUGGUUCUGCCACGUGGACGACGACAACUAUGUGAACGUGCGGACGCUGGUGAAGCUGCUCUCCAGCUACCCCCACACGCAGGACAUCUACAUCGGGAAGCCCAGCCUGGACCGGCCCAUCCAGGCCACGGAGAGGAUCAGCGAGAACAAGAUGCACCCUGUGCAUUUCUGGUUUGCCACGGGAGGAGCAGGGUUUUGCAUCAGCCGGGGGCUGGCGCUGAAGAUGAGCCCAUGGGCCAGCGGGGGCCACUUCAUGAGCACGGCGGAGAAGAUCCGCCUGCCCGAUGACUGCACCAUUGGCUACAUCAUUGAGUCCGUGCUGGGCGUCAAGCUCAUCCGGAGCAACCUCUUCCACUCGCAUCUGGAGAACCUCCACCAGGUGCCCAAGACGGAGAUCCACAAACAGGUGACACUAAGCUACGGCAUGUUCGAAAACAAACGCAACUCCAUCCACAUGAAGGGAGCCUUCUCCGUCGAGGAGGACCCAUCCAGGUUCCGCUCCGUGCACUGCCUGCUGUACCCCGACACGCCAUGGUGCCCUGCCAAUGUGGUGUACUAGGGAGAUGCGUGUCCCCUCCCAACCUCGUCCCGAGUCUCCCCGGUAUCCGACGGGCGUGCGGGACCUCGUGUGUGUGCGUGUGGCCGUGUCGGCCCUCCGGCCGGCUGUUGUUGCUGUGGUAUUGCACAGUGUGUGUGUACUGAAGGCUGCUGUGCGGCCCCUUGUCCCCUGCCCGGCCGCGCGCCCCCGCUGCCCGCUCCGGGACGGCAGGCACGGACGGGUCCUGAGCACUUAACCCCGGGGCACGGGGGGGCUGCCUCGCCUGGGUCGAGCCCCCCCCGCCCGCCGGCCAGCCCCGCGCCAUGCGUGGGGAGCGGCAGCCGGUGCUGCGCAGCUCUGCCUCACCCUGGCUUGCUUUUCUUUCUUUCCUUCCAGAUGUUAAGGUGGCUUUUUUUUUUUGGUGUGUGCCUCCCUACCCUCACCUCUAACCCCUCCUUGCUCCUGCAGACCCCUAACCUGUCCCCAUCCUUUCUCCCAGCCCCCAAAAUCUCAGCAUUGAGGCUCUGGCUCCUCACAGGCAAAGUUCUUAUUUUUUUUAACCUGGCCACGGCAAAUGCUGGGACACAUUGCAGUGCUGCAAAGCUGCUGGGUGCUCAUCAGCUACCACGGAGGGAGACCGUGGGGCAGACGGAUGGCUUGGCAAGCCCAGCACCACCAGCAUUCGCUCCAUUCCCCAGAGCUCCCUACAUCCCGCUGAAAUGUUUUCAGCGGCGUAAAUCUAUGCACUAUUUAUAGAGACUAAUUUAAAGGCUUUCUAUAAAUACGGGGGGCGGGAGGAGGGCUUUUCCGGAGCUGUGUUUGCGCAGUGCUGAGGUGUCUCCCUCCGGUGCCACCUCCCUGCCCGACAGCGGGGUGGCUGCGGGUGCAGGCAGGCUGAGCACAGGCACCCUGCACCUUUGCAAAGUAGCACUUCAGGGUCUGUCCUUGGGGGCCAUGUGGGUGUCCCCCCACCAAGCAUCCUCCAGUGGGUGCUGCUGGGGUGGCUGCAGUGCCCGAGAGGUGCUUGGCUGGAUGGGCACCCACCACGGGCCGGCAGCGUUUCCCAGCCUGGCCAUUGCUCUCUGCCUGUGGCUGGUGGGCAACGGGCACCCCAAAAGAGCAGAUGUCCCCCCACACCAUCGCAGGCUCUUCCCCUGGCUCUGCUCCUGCUCCUACAUGGGGUGCAUACUGCAGCAAGGCCAGCAGUGGGGGACCAAAGAGUGGUGUCCCACUCCUCCAGGCACAUCAGGAGCAAAAAUGGUUUGGGAAACGCUGCCAGAGCAAAAUUUGCCGUGAGCCAGGGAUGGAUUUAGCCCAGUCCUGGGCAAUGCGGGCAGGGACAGGGGUCCUGCAUCCCCCCGUGGCCACUGCCAGCCCGCGCUCCACAGGGAGAAGCGGGCAGAGCUGGAGCCGAAUGUUUCCAACCUGAAGCUGAGUGAAGAUAGCCCAUAAUGGGUGCGUUGUAAAUAUGUUAUUGUGCCAGUAUUUUUUUACUGUGCCUUUUUUAUAUAAAAAAAAAGACAAAAAAAAAAAACAAAACCAGCAACAUUAAGAAUUACGUAGAUUUUAAAAUGCUUUUUAUACGUUUUCUGUGGAUCAGAAAAAAAAAAAAACAACCUUCUGAUAAUCUGUUUAAGAAAGAAAAAAAAAAUUGCGAUGUCUUGUAACUAUCACUUACCUUAAUUUAUAUGUUCCAGUAUCUGGAACAUCACUCUGUGCUUUUUGUAAUUAGGAUGUGUUUAAAAGCAAUAGGUGUGGGUUGGGGAACCAGCAUGGACGGUGUGUUCUCAGGGACUUGAACCCGAUCGCUGCCACGGGGCCCCCGUGGGAGCCAUCACCAAUAAAGCAGCUUUUUGCUGACCACGGUCACCUGGU